GUGUAGAUAUCUAUGUAAACGGAAAUCGGUAGUAACACUUGUAUAGGCUGUCUCUCCAGUUUGUCACGGCCGAAUUGGAGAUGGAUACGAGCCGCAUUCCAACUUUGGUGCAAAUGUGCAUCAAAUAUGUUUCUGAACAUAUGGAUGCACUUGAGAGUCAGGCCUGUGACUUGCCAGCUUCUCUUCUCAAAGACAUUCUGCCUCUUCUGAACAUUUUUUAUCUGGACAGAAUUGAAAGCGUCGCUCAGCAUAAAGGAAUCUGCACUUCAUCUGUUUGGGCUGCGAUAUUUAGAGAUUUGGAUCAGACUUGGCGUUGCAGAUCAAAGCCUGAUCAGGACUGGAAGCAGAAAUGCUUGGAAAGGCUCUUCCACACGGUCAUGUUCACGUAUGGGAGACAAGGGAAAAGCUAUCUCUCAAACCUGAGCGAUCGUUCUAUUCUUCUCAUGACUGCCAAGUAUGUCCAGACAUUUUCUCUCAUGGGAGCGAGUAGAAAUGUCUGCAGACUGGCUUCUCAGGAGAUGCAGCCAGUUCUGAGCGUUUUGGAGAAAGGGGUAAAGUGUCUUAAACUGCAGGAUGGCGUCCCCCUGCUUAAACAAGGCCGGACGCACAUGAUCUAUGUCGUACAUCGUCUCGUGGACCAUGGCUCUGUGAGAGAGGUUGUCCUGAGGAGGUGUCCCGAUCCCUUUCUGCUUACUUGGAUCACUCCAAGGUGUGGAGGACCUCAGAACGCUGAGCUAUCAGAUCCACUGUUCCAGAUGCACUCUAGUUCAGGAGAGGGUCGAUGUCUUUCUUUGGCGGAAUGGAGUUCCAGUGCUCAGAGUUGUCUGGCGUCUGAGUCCCACAGCUCGGAACACGGGUUCUCAGACUUCAGACUGUGUUUCAUGAACGAGGAGAAGCCGUCAACUCCGUACAAACGACGACGGAUAAGUCUGACCUCUAUGACGGAAGGGUCAGACGCGGAAAAUCCAUCUUCUUCCUUCGGCACUCCAGCCUGGCAACGCAGAGGCGACAGGUGCCGGUGUAAUCAGCUUGCACCGUCGUGUAGUCCUGCUUCACAAUGCCCUAAGGGACAGAUCCACUCUCUGGACUUUGAGGUGUCCAAAUGUGAAAUUCUUCACUCGGUUUCACGUUUCCUGCCUCUGUGGGUGUGCCUUCAUUCCCUCAAUCUGCAUAGUGAUUGGCUCAUUAAAGAUAACGAGAUGAUGGUGCUGAUUGACUCUCUGAGACAACUAUUUCGUAACCCCAGCUGCUCCCUCACUGAUUUAAGUGUCAGCCCCAUAUCCGAACAUCUCCCCGUUGUCCUCUUGAUGAAUGCCUGUCCCACAUUGAGAUGCCUUUCUCUGGAGAUCUGCCCCCCAGUUCAGGACACUAAAAUCAGAUGGAAACCUGGUCCAAAGGCACCUACUGACACAUUGUUUUCACUGGAGAGGUUGUCUGUAAAAUCUGGCAGCGUACCACUGAAUUUGGACAGCUUCCUGGCGGUGCUGAAAAGGUCUCCAAAACUCUCCUCUCUUCACUUGACGGGGAUCCAGCAAGCAAGUCUGUUACUCCUCACACUGUCAGAGUCAAAUCGUCUUCUGAAAGUGCUCAAGUUAGAAGACACUAACUUGGCUGACUGUCAACAAGAGAUUUGUAAUCUUCUUCAGCGCUCCAUGCUUGAAGAGCUGUCGUUGAGAGACUGCCGGCUUCUCGACAAAUGUGCUGAAAAAGAAGGUUUUCUCAAGCCGUUUGUGUCUGCACUGAAAGGGCUUCCCUUUCUACAGUCUCUGUCAUUAUCACAGAAUAGAAUAGCCAAGCAUGUUAUCGAGUUAGCUGAACUGUUCACCGGAAACUCCCCCAGUAACAUAACAAAACUGGACCUCAGCUCAAACUUCAUUCUCCCAGCUGAUCUUCUGGAGUUUGGAAAAUUGAUCGAAACCUGUCGCCCGUCACGUCGGCUCAGUUUGGAUCUGCGCUUAAACCCGCUCGAUCGGGACCCAGAGGUCAAAGGACGAGCCCUGAGAAAGCUUCUCCCCUACUGUAAUAUCUUAUCUGACAACUGGGACUCCAAAUCCACCAUGGCUGACCAUGUCAGUGUCAUGUGACCAGCCCUCUCACUGAAACAGGACUUACA